AUGCAUCCGGUUGGUCGGCUCGACUACGACACGUCGGGUUUGUUGCUUUUUUCCUCCAGCGGCGCCUUGACACAACGAUUGCUGCAUCCCAAACAUGAAGUGGAGAAAGAAUACGUUGCCGUGGUCACGGGAAUCGUUGUAGAAGACGAAUUGCGGGCGACCUUAGCGGCAGGAGUACGAGGCUACUUGAAUGUCUUUGAUGCGCAAGCCUUAUCGACGGUCCGACUGACCGUCUCGGAAGGCAAGCAUCGCAUGGUCCGACGCAUAUUGGCCAAUUGUGGUCAUCCUGUCGUUUCGUUGCACCGGGAUCGUCUCGGUGCUGUCGCUCUGAACGAUUUGCCUGCUGGAGAGUACCGGCCCUUGACGACGGAAGAAAGUCCGUGGGCGGAAACGCUUGUGCCUCUGGAAAAGAAGCACAUCAAGCCCAAGCCAAAGACAAGCCGCAAACAGCUAUAA